UGUAAAGGCACUUCAUACACCGUGCGGUUGUAAUUGUCUAUUUGGCAUUCCAUAAUUUUAUCGUCUGCGAAGAUUGUAAUUUUUGGCCCAAAACUGGGGCACGUUAUGGCGAUGGAAAAGGAAUUGCAUCGUUAAUCGGCAUAUUAUUUAUGCCUGCCUGAGACUUUGGUAACAAGUGGCACAGUGUUUUUACGGGAAUCUAAGGAACAAAGUGAAUCAGCAAGCCAAAGAGUCAGCUUUGACCAUAAUGAAGAGACUAGAUUCAAUAAAGCUGUUUUGACUAUUGUUUACCCAGUAUGAGAACACGUGCGAGCUUUCGUUUGUUUGUCGUCGUAGUCCGGGCAGGCACAGUAAAAACACUUCCAACGUAGCGUCAAAAUGGCCUCAUCAUCAUCAACAAGCCUGAUUAUCAAGAUGGAGCCAAUAAAUAGACGCUAGACAUUUGAGUUGAGUUCAACAUGACAUUUCAGCUGGAUGAACCUACGAACAUACAUAUGUAACUACGUUUGGCGACGAGCACAGGAUAUACGCUAGAGAUCAGCUAGAAUUGCACCAUAACGCAUGAAUCUCAGAAUCUGAGUGGAUGUUGAUGGAUUUUGAUUUGGAUUGUGAAACGAUGUUGUGAUCCAGUCAUUUCUCAUAUGUCUCAAUAGUUCGAGGUAUGUAGAGCUGUGUAUGGACGCUAUGCAGUUUGAUCUACACUAAUGUUACAGUUACAAUGAAUUAUGGUUGCAAUGCAGCAGUGUCAUCGAUUUAUUAUUGAGGUGUAUUGUGGACGCUAAGCUGGAAUCGGCCACAAUCGUUAUUAUACACUGUUAUAAAAUACGUGGCUUUACCAUAAUUUGCACCAGCAGUUGGCAUGCAGCCAUAAUGUAACAGGACUAAAGCCCAUGUUAGCGGAUCAGCCAAGCCCAAGUCCAAGACUAUUCUGUGUCAGCCUCUCGUAGCAGCCCUAGCAUAAUUUAUGAACUAGCCUAAUCCAGCUGAAGUCCAGCUUGAACAACAGCCCGGGAAUCGGCCCGGUCAAGCCAUACAGCCCGGGAGCCAGCGUGGUUUAGUCUUGUACAGUCCAGGUCCAGCCAGGUUUGAACUUGAAGCAUAAAUCAAGCCAACAACAUUGAAUUUAUAAAUGAAACAUUGGAUCUGAACUUGAUGAAAUAAAAGUAGUUAGAACCAGAGCUAUAAUAGGCUCUGUGAAACUUCAAGACUCUUGAUAACAAAUUAACAGAGGUCAAGUAAAAGUUGAAUUUUAAUAACUAUUUCAUGUAUAGUAGUCUAUUGAAAAGUGUUUCCAAUAUGAUUCUGCAAAUACUGCAUGUUUUGUUUGCAGGUAGCCAGCAUUAGUUUUGUGCUCAAGUGACACGAAAGUUAAAGGUGUAAUUUCAUUACAAAGUGAUAUUGACAUCGCAGUUCAGAGUCAAGCAAGGAAGGAAUAUGUGGCGAUGUUGAACUUUAUCGCAUGAUCGCGUGGUCUGCAUUCAAGCCCUUUUGAUAAGCGAAUUUUGAGGCGUGCGUAAAGGCUUUAUUGGGAGAUGUAAAAUCAAAUUACUAUGGAGUAUUUGUAAUUGCAUUAGCAAGAAGCAUUUUAAGCGGUUUUACAUUGAUGAGGUUGGUAGGCUUAGCGCUGUAGCUUUGCUUAAAUUGAUGUUUGAUUUCACUCUAGUUGCAUGACAAUUUAAUUUGGUCAAUUUGCUGUACAAGGUGCAAGUGCAUGGUUUAGCAUAAGAGGCCAGCUCCUUAUUACACUUCUGUUGUGUCAAAGCCAAUUAAACAUGGCAGAUUCAAGAAAGUCAUCAAGGGAGAGGCAGCCCACGGAAAAAAUGGCCGCUCUUCAGGCCUCUGAAGAAUCAAAGACAGAGCGGAAGUUUUUCAAGAUGUAUGGCUCCCUUAAGGCCACAGUAAAGGCAGCUAGAACAAUCAUUAAGACAGAGACAGAAGAAGGUCCCAUCAAACAACAGAUAUCCAUACUGGAAGCUGGAGAGAGGGAAUUGAUGGAAACCUACGAGAUUUUGAGGAGACACAAGGUCCCCAUAAGAGAGGCCACCACGAGGAUGGACCGUGCCAACGCAAUGGUCAGAGAUAGCCUCAACGCCUUGGAAGAAGUUCUGGGAUCCCUAGAAGGUCCUUUUGACGCCGAGGAUCGGAAGCAGAUAGCGAAAGAAUUCUUGAAACAAGAAUAUGCUUCAUCGGUCUUCAGCUCAAUUUUAAGCGAAAUGGACCAAGGGGUUGAAACCAGCCAACUGCGUGGAGCCACACCAGUAAUUGACAUUGAUAGCAAUCCUGGACAGCCUGUAGAAUCUCGUAACACACCAUCACUUCUUCCUCAAGACAAAAUGUACCCAGGAGUUGGAGUAAACCAACCACCUGAAGGUAUUCAAGGGCAGUCAGCAGAAUUUCCUGCCAAGACGUCAUCUCCUUCCUUUCAAGAUGAGAUGGGCCCAGAGUUUAGAGUAGGCCAGCUACAUGAUAGUCUACCUGAUUCGCAUGUGGAACCUCGUGACAAGACACCACUACAGCCGCCUCAGACAACGUCGGUUGACGUCCAGGGCUUAUGUAAGGCUUUAGCAGACAACAUGUACCACACAAGACUUCCGAUGCCAGUGCCACGCACCUUUAGUGGGGAUCCGCUCGAGUUUGUAGAGUUCGACAAAGGUUUCAAGACUUUGAUCGAAAACCGUGGCAUACCACCAACAGAGAUGCUGUAUUACCUGAAGCAGUACCUGACUGGUCCGGCAAGGGAGGCCGUGGAAGGUUUCUUUUUCGGGGACUCCAAAGAGGCAUAUGAUGGGGCAUGGAGGUGCCUUCGACAGAGGUAUGGUCAUCCUUUUAAUAUCCAACAGGCGUUCCGGAAGAAGCUAAGUGCUUGGCCGAAGAUAGCCUCCAAAGAUGCCAUAGGUCUUCAGAAGUUUGCGGACUACUUAAAGUCUUGUGAUGAUGCUAUGCCAUAUGUCACUGGCCUCCAGGUGCUAAACGACUGCUAUGAGAAUCAAAAGAUGAUAGCCAAACUUCCAGACUGGCUGAUUAGUAGCUGGAAUAGGGUGGUAUCAAAUGAGUUGGAAGGCGGCAGCUAUCCUUCAUUUUCUAAGUUUGUGAAAUUUGUUGCUAAGGAGGCAAGGAUAGCCAACAAUCCCAUUUCUUCUCUAGGUGCCCUGAAAUCUGAGGACUCUCAAAGAGAAUCAAGUCCCAAGACCUUCAAGAUCAAGCGAGAAGCAAGAAAUAAAGGAUCUGCUUUGGCUGUCAACACCAAGGAAAGUGCCAAAGGCAAGAACAUCCCAAACCAAGUCAAGAAGGCUCCAAAACCUUGCUGCCUGUGUAGUGAAACUGGACACAAGUCCGAGGACUGUGACAAGUUUUUGGCCAAGCCACUUUCUGAACGCAGGAAGUUUGUUCAAGAAAAUCAUGUAUGCUUUGGUUGCUUACAGAAGGGGCAUUUUUCUAAGGCAUGUAAACAAAGGCUGAAGUGUAGUACAUGUGGUAAGCGCCAUCCCACGGCUCUUCAUGAGGAAAACCCUACGAUAAGAGAGGACAAUGCGCACAAGAGUGAAGGAGCUUCUAAGGACAGGGCUACGUCUUGCCAAGUCCGUUCUGGAAAACAAGCUAGCACUUCGAUGAUUGUACCAGUGUGGGUCGCGGCAGAACAAGCACCAUCGUCAGAGAUUCUGACUUACGCCCUCCUGGAUACCCAGAGUGAUUCAUCGUUCAUUCUAGAUGAAGUAGCGCAAGCCCUGAAUGCUAAGCAGCAACCCAUACGCUUAAAGUUAUCUACUAUGACUUCGUCAUCGAACAUUGAUUGCAGCGUGACCUCAAGUAUCUUAGUUAGAGGUAUGAUGUCGCCCUCCCAGCUCAAGAUAGGAAAAUGCUAUACGCGUGACUUCAUACCGACUGAUAGAGAACACAUCCCAAGCAGAAGUACUGCUGAAAAGUGGACUCAUCUCCAAGAUGUUGCAAGAGAGAUGCCAGCACUUCAGAGAUGCGAAGUCGGCCUACUGAUAGGCUAUAAUUGCCCAAGAGCUCUGACACCAAGACAAGUAGUUACUGGUAGCGAUGUAGAACCAUUUGCUGUUCGAACUGACCUCGGCUGGAGUAUUGUUGGCUUUGCCGAAGAAGAGAAUGCCAUGGACUUCAGUAGCCAGUGUGGGAGGGUUUCUACUCGCGAGAUACCAUUUCCGAAGCCAAAGGAGAUCAUAGGGUUGCUUGAGGCAGAUUUCGCAGAGGACAAAUCGCCGGACAAAGCAUGCUCUCAGAAUGACCUACAAUUCUUGAAACACCUUGAGACCAACAUUGUACAAUGCGAGGAUGGUCAUUUGCAGAUGCCGCUGCCCUUCAAGACCCGGCCAAACCUUCCAAGCAAUAAAAGGUUGGCAACCGUUCGAUUCGAACACCUCCAUCGAAAGCUUAAGAAGGACGAAGCAUAUAGAGACAACUAUACAAGCUUCAUGACAGAUAUCAUUAAUGGUGGCUUUGCAGAACAAGUAGAGACCAAGGCGCCGCCUGGAGAAACAAAUUACAUACCACAUCAUGGUGUGUACCAUCCAAUGAAGAAGAAGAUGAGAAUAGUGUUUGAUUGUUCCGCGAAGUACGGCGGCACCUGCCUUAACGAUCAUCUGCUCAAGGGACCGGACAUGAUAAACUCAUUGGUGGGAGUCCUUUGUCGGUUCAGGAAGCACAAUGUAGCAGUGCUAUGUGAUGUUGAGAAGAUGUUCUUUCAGUUUAGGGUCGCUGAGGAUGACCGAGACCUCCUGCGCUUCCUGUGGUUCCAAGAUAACGACAUCAACAAGGAGCCAGUGGAUUAUCGCAUGAACGUCCAUCUUUUUGGUGCCGCUUCUUCGCCAGGUUGCGCCAAUUAUGGCUUAAAGUAUCUGGCUAGACAUUGCAGCAAUGAAUUUCCAUUGGCAUCUCGUUUCGUCGAGCGCAGCUUCUAUGUGGAUGAUGGGCUGGUGAGUGUAUCCAGUGAAGAGGAAGCCAUUCAGUUGGCCAAUGAAGCCAGACAACUUUGCAGCAAGGGUGGCUUACGUCUCCACAAGUUUGUUUCGAAUUCUAAGGCAGUUCUGGAGAGUCUGCCAAAGUCUGAGCGUGCCAGUGAUGUCACUGACUCAAACUUGGAUUUUGAGGAUCAAGUAGAGCGUGCUCUGGGGAUAGUUUGGAAUGUGGCCACGGAUGCCUUUUGUUUCAGAAUUUCCCUGAAAGAGAAACCAAUGACACGGCGGGGAAUUCUGUCCAUAGUCGCAUCCCUUUAUGACCCUCUCGGAUUUGUGGCUCCGGUCGUUCUCGAUGGCAAGAGAAUCCUUCAAGAAAUGUGUCGUAGCGGGCUUGGGUGGGAUGAUCCAGUAUCCGAGAACCUGCAAUCAAGGUGGGAGCAAUGGUGUAAGGAAAUCCCGCAGCUAGAGGAGCUAAGAAUACCUCGGUGUUAUCAUCCUGCUGAGUUUGGUGAUCCUGUAACAGUGCAGCUACACCAUUUCUCGGAUGCCAGCAAGUCUGGUUAUGGCCAAUGCUCUUAUUUGCGUCUUGUUAACCAGAAAGGAGAAGUUCACUGUUGUCUGAUCUUCGGCAAAUCAAGGGUUGCGCCAACCAAGGUGGUUACAAUUCCCAGGUUAGAGUUGACAGCGGCAGUUGUGUCAGCUAAGGUGCACUCUAUGUUGAAAGAAGAGCUAGAGUAUCAUGAUGCCGAAGAUUUCUUCUGGACAGAUUCCCAAGUAGUCCUGGGAUACAUCCACAAUGAUGCGCGGAGGUUCCACACGUUUGUUGCUAAUCGAGUCCAGCUAAUUAGAGAUAGGACUUCUCCCGACCAAUGGCAUUAUGUCUCGACUGAUCAGAACCCUGCUGACCAUGCUUCCAGAGGAUUGAGCGUAAGUCAGCUGGGUAGCACAAAUUGGUUCCAAGGACCAAGCUUCCUCUGGGAGAAAGACUUUGCAGUAGGAAGUAUCUCUCCGACACUCGCCGUUGGGGAUCCGGAAGUGAGAGCAACCAACCUAUCGACAACUACUCAUUCGGAACCGUUGAACCUCCUCUCGCGCCUUACCAGGAUCUCUAGUUGGAAGAUGAUGAUCAAGGUAUUGGCUCGUCUACGGAUGGUAGUGAAGGGAGCAAGACAAGGUUCCUUAGUUCGUGAGAGAAAGGACGCAGAGCUGUUCGUUCUGCGGUUAGUUCAACAGGAAGCUUACCCUGAAGAAAUCAAGGCUCUGACGUCGGACAAGACCGUUAAAACGACAAGUACCAUCCAUGACCUUGACCCAAUAAUCCUUGAUGGGAUCACGCGAGUGAAGGGCAGACUUGGCGAACUAUCGACAGAAGUGGCUCACCCUGUUAUCCUGCCCAAGCGUAGCCCUAUCACUCGGGCGAUUAUCCGCCACUUCCAUGAGGACAUCAAACAUCAGGGUCGAGGAAUGACGCAGAAUCACCUGAGAGCCAAUGGAUUCUGGAUUGUAAACGGAUCUAAAGUCGUUGCAGAGGUAUUGCGAAAGUGUGUGUCAUGCAGACGUCUUCGUAGGCCUCAAGAAGAGCAGAAAAUGGCAAACUUGCCAAGAGAUCGAGUAGAACCUUCGGCUCCUUUCACGAAUGUGGGUAUGGAUUGUUUCGGUCCUUUCUUUGUAAGGAGAGGUCGUUCUGAUAUUAAGCGAUAUGGGCUUAUAUUCACAUGUCUCUGUUCAAGAGGUAUCCACAUUGAGAUGCUCGACGACAUGACUACCGACGCAUUCAUCAAUGCUCUCCGCUGUUUCAUAGCAAUUAGGGGAGCUGUCAGACAGAUUAGGUGCGACCAAGGCAGUAACUUCGUAGGAGCAAGAAACGAGCUCCAAUCUGCAUUGAGAGAGAUGACUUCAGACCAAGUGAAUACGUACCUUGCAGACCAGCAAUGUGAAUUUGUCUUCAACGCCCCUCACUCAAGUCACGCAGGUGGCGUGUGGGAAAGACAGAUUCGAACCGUCAGAAGUGUCUUAAGGGCUACCAUAGACCUGUGUCCAGGAAGACUCACAGACUCCGCUCUUCGUACCUUGUUUUACGAAGCCAUGGCAAUCGUCAAUAGCCGACCGUUAACAGUGACCAAUAUGAAUGACCCAAGUGCGGAUGCACCUCUCACGCCAAACCACCUCCUUACUCUGAAGAGGACGGUUCCGUUGCCCCCUCCUGGGCAAUUUGUGAAGGAGGAUGUGUACACGCGUAAAGCCUGGAGAAGGGUUCAGUUCUUACUGGAACAGUUCUGGUCAAGAUGGCGGAAAGAGUACUUGUUGGGACUUCAAAGACGACAGAAAUGGACGAUGCCCAGACGGAAUUUACAAGUGGGAGACAUUGUAUUGCUCACUGACGAUGAAGCUCCGCGUAUGAAAUGGCCAAUUGCGAUGGUCGCAGAAGCCACUCCUGAUGAAGAUGGUCUGGUCAGACGGGUACAGGUGCGCGUUGGAACGAAAGACCUUGACAACAAAGGUCGUCCAAACAAGAAGCUUGCCGAAUACUGGAGGCCGGUUCAGAAGCUCGUACUGCUUCUGGAAAAGGUACCUCCAUAGAGCAGGUAUGUAUGUACACUUGAGAUUGUUUGGAGCGGGUACAAAUGUUUGACCUUGCAUUUGCACAUGUACUUCGUUUUCUGGUACAGUUUAAAAAUUUAGGACUCAAAUUCUGAUCUUGUUUGCUGCGAAUUUUAGAUACACAGCGCUUAAAUAUUGUCGCAACCUUUAAGCUUGCCUUACAACCUUUGCAGUGUGUGUUAUAAUCUUUUACAGCACAUGUUAUAAACGUGCAUUGUUUGAGUUCCGCAUCAUCACUUAUGCCAUUCUGGUUUGAUCAAGCUAUUCAAUUGCCAUGUUAUUCGUGUUGUAGAUUGCAAGUGUACCAAUUUACAUGCAAGAGGUGUAUGGAGUGCUUGCUUAAAAAUUUCCAUAUUAUGGUCACAUUAUUUCACAUGCACCACUUAUGUAAUACUAGUAAAUGCAUUUUCAUAUAUAUGUAAGUGUACUCAUGCAUGUGAUUAUGUUACCAGUGAAGGCAAAUUUGGUGGGAGUGUAAAGGCACUUCAUACACCGUGCGGUUGUAAUUGUCUAUUUGGCAUUCCAUAAUUUUAUCGUCUGCGAAGAUUGUAAUUUUUGGCCCAAAACUGGGGCACGUUAUGGCGAUGGAAAAGGAAUUGCAUCGUUAAUCGGCAUAUUAUUUAUGCCUGCCUGAGACUUUGGUAACAAGUGGCACAGUGGUAAGCAUAAAUAGAACUUUUAGGUUUAAUUUCAAGAGAACUCGCUCAGUAUGCAUACAGCAAUCAGUGUUAUCCUACUGUAGAACUUCAAUAGCUCGUGUAUCAGAUUGAUGCAUUGUACGCAUAGUGUGCAGGUCUUUGUGUAGUACUAUAAUUAUGAAUAUUUGUUUGUAUGGAAAUAUACAGAAACUCUUAAUCAGUAUCGAAUUUAUUGUGUAAUGAUAACUCAACUAGAUUAAACUCAAACCUCAGUCCUGAGGAAAUAAGCACUCAAAUACGCCAAAACUUGAUAUAAGAUGGUUGACAUUACAUUUAUUGCUCACAUAACAUUUUUGCAAUUACAUUGUCUAUUUAAGCUGUUUUCGACACCCAUUGUAUACAGUUAAAUACAUUUACAAAUAUUCCUUAUUUGUAGGAUAUCAGUUUAGAGUUUAUUUCUAAUUUUCACAACACUUAGUGUAUUAAAUACUGGACAGUAUUGCUAUUAUGAUAAUUUAAGUCCAAUUACUUUAAAUUGAAGUUAAUUGUUAUUCACCUUAGUAUAAUGUUUAGACUCAUAAAUUAAUGUUGUAAAUCGGAUCAAAAAUCAGAUCGAAAAUCGGAUCGGCAGUUAAGCUUCUAAAAUCGAAAUCGAAUCGAAAAUCGAAUCGGCGAUGUUUAAAAACAAAGGAAUACAUCAAAAUGUUGUUCGCGGUCGCGCGCAUCUUCCUGACAAAGUCACAAAGACGAAUGCAUUGGAAUGGAAGUCGCCAACAUGCGCGAUCGUUUUAAAGCCAGGGGUUUUGAGGUGUUAUUGCUUUAAAAUAAACCGAGUGAUUUUUAUUAGAAAGAUAAACGAAAGACGCAUCUUCCGAGCAAAGGCGCAAAGGAAAAUAAAAUGAAAAUAUUUCUCAUAGAUCACAGGUUAAUGAACGAUCGGCGGGACAUCUUUUAGAAGUAUUUUUAGGUGCUAGCGAUUUAGAAUUAUUGGAAUGAUCUCUUACGACGCAUCAUCUUAAAGUCGCAAGUGCAAUUAAAAUGAAGUAGAAGACGCAAGCACGCACAAUAAGCUCCGUCAAUAGUACAGUCUUUAAAAGUUUAUGGCGGGGUCCGCUAUCACCACGAGGUUGAAAAUAAAAUGUAUAUCAUCAUAAACGAUGUAAGAGAGUAACGCAAUAAGCUCCGUCAGUAGCACGAUCUUUAAAAGUUCACGGCGGGGUCCGCUAUCACCACGAGGUUGAAAAUAAAAUGUAAAUCAUCAUAAACGAUGUAAGAGAGUAACGCAAUAAGCUCCGUCAAUAGUACAGUCUUUAAAAGUUUAUGGCGGGGUCCGCUAUCACCACGAGGUUGAAGAGAAGAUUUAUAUCAUUAUAAAGGGGGUAAGAGAGUAGCGCAGUGAGCUCCGUCGGUAAUACGACCUUUCAAAGUUCACGGCGGCAUCCGCUAUCACCACGAGGUUGAAAAUAAAAUGUAUAUCAUCAUAAACGAUGUAAGAGAGUAACGCAAUAAGCUCCGUCAGUAGCACGAUCUUCAAAAGUUCACGGCGGGGUCCGCUAUCACCACGAGGUUGAAAAUAAAAUGUAAAUCAUCAUAAACGAUGUAAGAGAGUAACGCAAUGAGCUCCGUCAAUAGUACGACCUUUCAAACUUCACGGCGGCAUCCGCUAUCACCACGAGGUUGAAAAUAAAAUGUAUAUCAUCAUAAACGAUGUAAGAGAGUAACGCAAUGAGCUCCGUCAAUAGUACGACCUUUCAAAGUUCACGGCGGCAUCCGCUAUCACCACGAGGUUGAAAAUAAAAUGUAUAUCAUCAUAAACGAUGUAAGAGAGUAACGCAAUAAGCUCCGUCAAUAGUACAGUCUUUAAAAGUUUAUGGCGGGGUCCGCUAUCACCACGAGGUUGAAAAUAAAAUGUAAAUCAUCAUAAACGAUGUAAGAGAGUAACGCAAUGAGCUCCGUCAAUAGUACGACCUUUCAAAGUUCACGGCGGCAUCCGCUAUCACCACGAGGUUGAAAAUAAAAUGUAUAUCAUCAUAAACGAUGUAAGAGAGUAGCGCAGUGAGCUCCGUCGGUAAUACGACCUUUCAAAGUUCACGGCGGCAUCCGCUAUCACCACGAGGUUGAAAAUAAAAUGUAUAUCAUCAUAAACGAUGUAAGAGAGUAACGCAAUAAGCUCCGUCAAUAGUACAGUCUUUAAAAGUUUAUGGCGGGGUCCGCUAUCACCACGAGGUUGAAGAGAAGAUUUAUAUCAUCAUAAACGAUGUAAGAGAGUAACGCAAUAAGCUCCGUCAAUAGUACAGUCUUUAAAAGUUUAUGGCGGGGUCCGCUAUCACCACGAGGUUGAAGAGAAGAUUUAUAUCAUUAUAAAGGGGGUAAGAGAGUAGCGCAGUGAGCUCCGUCGGUAAUACGACCUUUCAAAGUUCACGGCGGCAUCCGCUAUCACCACGAGGUUGAAAAUAAAAUGUAUAUCAUCAUAAACGAUGUAAGAGAGUAACGCAGUGAGCUCCGUCGGUAAUACGACCUUUCAAAGUUCACGGCGGCGUCCGCUAUCACCACGAGGUUGAAAAUAAAAUGUAUAUCAUCAUAAACGAUGUAAGAGAGUAAAGCUCCGUCAAUAGUACAGUCUUUAAAAGUUUAUGGCGGGGUCCGCUAUCACCACGAGGUUGAAGAGAAGAUUUAUAUCAUUAUAAAGGGGGUAAGAGAGUAGCGCAGUGAGCUCCGUCGGUAAUACGACCUUUCAAAGUUCAUGGCGGCUUCCGCUAUCACCACGAGGUUGAAAAUAAAAUGAAUAUCAUCAUAAACGAUGUAAGAGAGCAACGCAAUAAGCUCCGUCAAUAGUACAGUCUUUAAAAGUUUAUGGCGGGGUCCGCUAUCACCACGAGGUUGAAGAGAAGAUUUAUAUCAUUAUAAACGAUGUAAGAGAGUAACGCAAUGAGCUCCGUCAGUAGCACGAUUUUUAAAAGUUCACGGCGGGGUCCGCUAUCACCACGAGGUUGAAAAUAAAAUGUAUAUCAUCAUAAACGAUGUAAGAGAGUAACGCAAUAAGCUCCGUCAAUAGUACAGUCUUUAAAAGUUUAUGGCGGGGUCCGCUAUCACCACGAGGUUGAAGAGAAGAUUUAUAUCAUUAUAAAGGGGGUAAGAGAGUAGCGCAGUGAGCUCCGUCGGUAAUACGACCUUUCAAAGUUCACGGCGGCAUCCGCUAUCACCACGAGGUUGAAAAUAAAAUGUAUAUAAUCAUAAACGAUGUAAGAGAGUAACGCAGUGAGCUCCGUCGGUAAUACGACCUUUCAAAGUUCACGGCGGCAUCCGCUAUCACCAUGAGUUGGAAGAGAAGCGGAAGAGAAGAUAUCUAUCCUCUUGAACAUCGCCAUAGAUAAUACCGCGUCUUUCUCCCUGAAUAAUGCGACCUCUAAAUAGCUAGCACCUCAAAAACAAUCUUGAAAUAUGUUCUGAGCGAUCACGCACUGUAACCAGAUCUACGCCGAUUUUUAUUUUCGAUUUUUUCCUUCAAGGGGCAUGAUCGAAGAUCGGCAAGUGAUUGCCGAUUGUGGUGAAAUCGAAUGGAAUCGGUUGCCGAUUGCAAAAUCGGUUACAAGCUUACUCAUAAUACAGUGGAACCUUAUUAUUAAAGGCACUGAUGUGGCAGACUUUACCUAUAACAAUGUAUCUUCUCUCGUCCCAAGUGCCUCGUUAUAAUGCAGUUGCACUGUAACAUGCUUUGAUAUGAUGAUAUACUUAUGUUGGAUUUUGUUCAUUUGUUUGUUUGUUUAUAGUUUUUACGGGAAUCUAAGGAACAAAGUGAAUCAGCAAGCCAAAGAGUCAGCUUUGACCAUAAUGAAGAGACUAGAUUCAAUAAAGCUGUUUUGACUAUUGUUUA